CCGAAAUGAUGGCCGCCGUGGUGGGCUUGUUGUCAGGACGAAGCGCUGGAUUUUAUCGUAGGAAGAGACUUCGUCUUCUUGCUGGGCCUGUCGGCUCUUUCUCACGGCAGAGCUCAGUGAGAACCAAUGGCUCGGACGCAGUGUAUGAUGUGGUGGUGUCAGGUGGUGGCAUGGUGGGAGCCGCCAUGGCUGCUGCACUCGGGCAUGAUGUUCAUUUCUCUGAUAAGAAAAUUCUACUACUUGAAGCUGGUCCAAAGAAACAAAUUAACAAUUUAUCAACAGAUUACAGUAAUAGAGUCAGUUCUAUCACACCUGGAUCUGCCACACUUCUAAGGAGUUUUGGUGCAUGGGAACAUAUCUGCAAUAUGAGAAUCAAACCUUUUCGGAGGAUGCAGGUGUGGGAUGCUUGUUCUGAGGCCAUGAUAAUGUUUGAUAAUGAUAACCUGGAAGAUAUGGGUUAUAUAGUGGAGAAUGAUGUUAUCAUAUCAGCACUAACUAAACAGUUGGAUGCAGUUUCAGACCGAGUGGAAGUUCUCUACAGGAGCAGAGCAGUUGGGUAUACCUGGCCCCUUCAUUAUCAAACUUCUGACUCAAGCCCUUGGGUCCAAAUUGAUUUAACAGAUGGACGCAGACUUCAGACCAAACUGCUGAUUGGGGCAGAUGGCCAAAAUUCUAUGAUCCGGAAAGCAGCUGGUAUUCAGAAUAUUCAGUAUCAAUACGAUCAGUCAGCAGUAGUUGCUACUCUUCACUUGUCUGAGGCUACAGAUAACAAUGUGGCAUGGCAGAGAUUUCUUCCAUCAGGACCAAUCGCUCUCCUCCCGCUCUCUGAUACAGCCAGCUCUUUGGUUUGGUCCACGUCACAUGAACAUGCAGCUCAACUUCAGAGUAUGGAUGAAGAAAAUUUUGUGGACUCAGUCAACUAUGCAUUUUGGAGCAACGCAAAUCACUCGGACUUCAUUGAUACUGCUGCAUCCAUGUUUCGAUCUACUGUUUCUCUUUUGAUGCCAUCGGGGACUACAGCCCGACAGCUACCCCCAAGUGUUGCAAAAGUCGAUCCUAAGAGCCGAGCUGUAUUCCCUCUUGGAUUGGGACACGCAACUGAAUAUGUCCAAUAUCGUGUAGCCCUUAUUGGUGAUGCAGCUCACAGGGUACAUCCUUUAGCUGGUCAAGGCGUAAAUAUGGGUUUUGGAGAUAUUUCAUGCUUGACAAAUUAUCUAAGUGCUGCAGCAUUCAAAGGAAAAGACCUGGGUUCUUUAAGUCAUCUACUACAGUAUGAAAAAGAACGACAGAGGCACAAUCUUUCUCUUGUGGCCACAACUGAUUUGUUAAAGAGACUAUACUCUACAAGUAUGGCUCCUUUUGUGCUGCUGAGGACAUGGGGAUUGCAAGCAACCAAUGCUCUACCUCCAGUUAAAGAGCAGAUCAUGGCAUUUGCCAGUAAGUGACAACCCCGUGAAUCCAGAGGACGCACCUUCAUAAGAGCCAUCCAUUAUGCUAACACUAUUAUCAGGAACUAAAAAUGGUGAAUCCUCAAAGACCACUCUGACCUGUGGAAAGAAAAAACUGGGUG